AUGACGUGGGGUUUCCUAAGGAAUAUCGUAGUACUGACAGCCGAUAGCACCGACGAAGCAGCCUUCUCGUCUGCAGCCGGGCAGCUCAUCUCCCUGUACAUCCCCCCAAGCGUAGCGUCCGCAAUCUACAGCGCCGCAACGGCAGCCAGCGUAACCGGCGAUUCUAACUCCAUCAUCCAGUCUGCGCUUACAGCAACUGCAUCGCCCACAUGGCUGACCGCCGUGCCCACGGAGUACCAGUCGAACCUUAACGCGUUGGACUCUGAGAUCAGCGCUCUCCGAGGUGCCGCUGCCACGGGUAUUCCUGGUGCGGACCGCGUUACUACCAUUACUAAUUCCGCGGGGAGCGCUAUCACGAGCAUCGUUCCAGGCUCGCUCACUGAUGCCGCCGCGAGCAGCGCUAGCAGCGCUCUGUCCCAGGGCUCAGCUCUCGCUUCAUCACUCGCCUCAAGCCUAUCCAGUUCUGUCUCGGCUGCGGUAUCUUCGCUCGAGUCUUCCGCAAGCGGUGCCACGUCCAGCGCAGCAUCCACCGAGACUGUCACCGAAAGUACUACGUCAACUUCCUCGGAAGCUGCGACGUCGUCUGCAGCAGCAGAGAGCACGUCUUCUGCCCUCGCUGCCCCGACACAGGUCCCAAUGGCUGCCGCAGGUGUUCUUGGGUUCCUGGGUGCAGCUCUUGCGUUGUAG